CGGCUGAUACUCACGCGCCGCUACUUUGCUUAAAGUCAGCCCGCGGUCAUCAUAUUAGUUUAAGGCUUCAGUCGAGUCAUUCUAACGUCUUUCUUCAACUUAAUUCCCGCCGCCCCCACGCAUAAAAUGCCUCCUAAAAAGAAUUUAACCGUUGUUGAUGCGAAAGCGUCUUCCAGCGACGCGCCGGUGCUUGGAAAAAAGGGUCCUGUAGCUUUACGCGUUAAGUCCGCACAUCCUGCAACCAACUUAAUGGUGAGAGAGGCGAUAAAAACACUGGACUCCAGAAAUGGGGUUUCGUUACAGGCCAUCCACAACUUCAUCAAGCUCAACUACCCGUCCACGGACAGCGUCCGGCGCAAUUACUUUGUCCGCAGAGCCAUCAAGAAAGGUCUGGAAACGGGUGAGUUGGUGAGGCCGGCCAACUCCGUCGUCACUGUAGGCGCAAAGGGCAGAUUUCGGCUCGCACCAAAGGCCAAAGAGGUCAAAGGUAAACAAGAAAAUGAGGAUCCAAAUGUGCAAGAAGCCCCAAAGGAGGAAAGCAAGAAGACAAAAACUGCUAAUGGCGCUGCAAAGAAAUCUGAUGCUGCAAAUGAACCAAAGAAAGAGGAGGUAAAGGUUCCCGAAAAGUCGAAAGAUGAGGUGCCUCUGUCCUCAAAAGUGGCGCCAGCCAAGAAGCCCAAAUCUAACAAAGCUGCAGAUGAAGAGGUUGUGUCUGGCAAGACCAAAGCUAAGCUCAAGGGGGCCAAGUUGAAGGAAGCCAAGGAGCCCAAGAAGACAAAGACCACCAAGACCACCAAGGAGCCCAAGACCACCAAGACCACCAAGGAGCCCAAGACCACCAAGGAGCCCAAGACCACCAAGGAGCCCAAGACCACCAAGGAGCCCAAGACCACCAAGGAGCCCAAGACCACCAAGGAGCCCAAGACCACUAAGGAGCAUAAGCUUAAGUAAAAGAGACCAAGGUGUUAAAGGGUAAAGCUGCUGAACAGUUCAAGGACCCUGCACUAGAAGCCCCUGCUAAACAAGUGAGAAACUUUUUGAAUGUUCUUCUAAAUUUGUAUUUAUUUUUUUCAAUAAAAUUGUUACUUUUAUAGCUCUUAUUGAUUUACACUUGCUGAACUUGGAUGCAAUCUUCUACACCUAUUUUUUCAACAUUAAGUGCUUAAAUAGUAUUAUUGUCAUAUUGUCUUUAUGCUGAAAUUUUGACAGAUUUUAAGAGCUAUACACUCCACUUGUUCGAUGUAGUCAAACUUGUGCACAGACAGGAAAUGUCUUAAGCACUAAAUUCUAAAACUAAUACCAGGCAGUGCAAAAAUUGACAAGUUUGCCUAUGCACUAAGCAGAAAAAUGUUAUCUGCUUUCUGCAUUGUGUAUGAUCAAGAAAUCUGCAAAAUUUGAGAUUUUUAUUCAAGAAAAUUGUAAUUUUCAAUUAAAAUUGUAAUAAAGAAAAGUUUUUUUCAUCAUAA